CGGCGGGCACCGCCUUCUUAGCCGGGUGAGUAGCAUCGACUGCGUGCGGGAACACUGGCUCCGGUCGCGGCCGCGGCAAGUUACAUCGUCUUCCAAUCUGUCCGCGUCCGCCGCCGCGGGUGACAGAGCCAGUAUGUUCGGGAUGCUGAGCAGCAGCUUUGAGGAUGAUCCCUUCUUCUCUGAUUCUUUUAUUGCACACCGAGAAAGUAUGCGACAGAUGAUGAGAAGUUUUUCUGAACCCUUUGGAAGAGACUUGCUCAGCAUCUCUGAUGGUAGAGGAAGAGCUCAUCAUAAUCAUAUGAGACAUGAUGAUGGUGAAAAUUCCUUGACUGCAAUGAAUUCUCUUGUGCCUUUUGGCAGUUUUGGCAGUAUGCGUACAGAUGUCAACCCUUUUCAGGCAAUGGACCGAAUGAUGUUAAAUAUGCGAAACAGUAUGCAGGAAUUACAAAGAAACUUUGGUCACCUUUCAGUGGAUCCAAAUGGACAUUCAUUUAGUUCUUCCUCAGUUAUGACUUAUUCCAAAGUAGGAAAUGAACCACCAAAGGUUUUCCAGGCCUCAACUCAAACCCGUAGGGCUCCAGGAGGAAUAAAGGAAACUAGGAAAGCAAUGAGAGAUUCCGAUAGUGGGCUAGAAAAAAUGGCUGUUGGUCAUCAUCUUCAUGACCGAGCUCAUGUCAUUAAAAAGUCAAAGAAUAACAAGACUGGAGAUGAAGAGGUCAAUCAAGAGUUCAUCAAUAUGAAUGAAAGUGAUGCUCAUGCUUUUGAUGAUGAGUGGCAAAAUGAGAUUUUGAAAUACAAACCAGUGGGACAGUGGCGCAACAUAGAAAACCCUAGGAUGAGAAGUGUUGGUCAUGAGAAUUCAGGCUGCCGAGAACUUAAAAGAAGGGAGAAACCUCAUCAAAGUCCAGCCAUUGAACAUGGAAGAAGAUCAAAUGUUUUUGUGGACAAACUCAACAUCAAAGGAUCACCUGUGAAAAUCAACAAAAAAUAAAUAGCCUUGCAUUUGAUUUCUUUAGUUUUGAUUGUUUUAACAGAGAAAGUAAUGGUGCUGGGUAAUACAUAUAAGACCAAUCUUUUGUUAAAUCAGUACUGUAUUUAACUUUCUUCUGAUAUCUGAAUGUUCUUGGAAGUGCUAGCUUUAUAUUGUCCAUACUUUAGGAAUAAAACUUUAAUUUUCAACAA